UCCCCUCCAAAUACCCGGUGAUGGUUGCUGGUUCUACCUCUCUUAUAUAUCCCUCUCUCAAACUAUCAUAAAUUAAUACAUAAUGCGACUAUCGUUCUCAACGAAGACUCUAUACGUGUUAUGCACACUCUACGCAGUGCUUGCUCUAGCUCAAACAACAACCAAUACCACAAGCUCACAGGUUGUAGCUACAAAUACAACGUUCACAACUAUCGACUCUUAUAUUCCACCAGGAUUAUCGUCUAUUCAAGCAUAUUCAGCAAACAACACCUUCUUAUAUUCUGUCAAUGCUACCGAUUUGAAGAACUACGAUGUAGAGCAUUAUCCUCUCUUGAACCAAGUUGGAUAUUUGAUGAUCGGAAAAGGGCCGACUGAAAUCGGGUUUUAUUCACCAUAUGGUGGUCCUGGCACUGUCACAAUUCUCGCUGCCAUCAUGCUGGCCAUGAACGAUUUUGUGGUUCUUGGCCGAGAUCCAACUUCCAAAAAGGACACGGCUUCAAUUCGGUUGAUUGUUGGUGACUGGCAACAUGAUUAUACUACGUUUUGCCAGGAAAACAAUUAUCCCAGUCCCGACAUCGUUGUGGUUGGAACUACUGCUAUCUCUGCCACAGCUUCUAAAGGUGAAAUUUUGCCUCUGGAUAAGCACUUGGAUGAAUACACUCAGCAACAUAAUACACUGUUGGUGGACUCUUUCCUCAAAUACACCUUGUAUGAUUAUUAUUACACCAACUCUUGGUGGGCGGUGCCAUUGACCACAGAUACGAGACUGCUAUUUUACAAUCGCACCACUUUUCGAACUCUAAAUAUGACCAUGCCUCCUCCAGAAGGGGAUUGGGGCGUCCAAUACUGGAAUAAUUGGAACUGGACUACAUUUGUCAAUUAUGCGACGAAUAUUCGAAAUUCAGGACUUGGAUAUGGUUACCAAUUUUAUGGAGAGUAUGAUGAAGAAAGUAAACUAAUGACUAUGGUUGCUAGAAGCAACAUCUUGGAUCUGUUCCCUACAAAUCGUCAAUGUAAUCUGUUAUCUCCCAUCUUCAACGACAUAUUGGAUAACUUUAUUCGUCCUCUAUGGACUCCGACUGAUAUAGGCGGCAAAUUCCCGACAGUUGCUAAUCCGGACUUCUACACUACUGAGGGCAAUCCUGCUUUGGCGAAAUGGCUGGCGGAGCCAUAUACCAACGAGCCUCCGUCAGAUCUGAGCAUCUUCACCGGUCAAUACGGUGACGGCUCCGUCGUUGGAAUGAACAUAGACACCCCUGCCAACACUAAAUACUCGAGCAGUUGGAUGAAUGAUACUUUGACAGGGGGAAAUACGACUGAGACAAGUGAAAUUGGAAUUGGUUAUUUACCUGCUAGCGCUUCAUUCUUGGGUGGCUCUGGAUUAGCUUUGGCUUCUACGUCAAACAACACUGAAAUGGCAUGGAACCUGAUCGUACAAAUGAUCGAUCCGGAACAAGUAUACCUGAAUAUUAUCAAUCAAGCAAACGGUUUGUAUCCCCCAUAUGACACGUCGGCAUCAUACCCUCCAUGGUCUCUAUCUCCAUUUACUGUCGCUAGAGAACAAGUCUCGCACGCUGUACCAAUGCAAUACCCUCACAUCACAUUUCCUCAAAUUGCUGAUUUUGAAAAUUCGCAUGUCUUCAGACAACUGUUUCUCAACGUAGUCGAAAAGAAUGCUACCAACUCGCAGGCCAUAGACGAAGCGUGCAGUGUCAUGAUGGAGAUCUUAGCUCCCGAAUGCAAUAGUUCAAAUUGGUACCCAGUCUACGGUGAUUCAUGUCAGGCAGGAACCCAAAAUCUGGUUGUUUCUUACGAAUGGACUAACUCCUCGGGUAUAGCGUGCAAAGGUCCUCCAACUCUACCUAAGCCGAUCUAUGUUCCUUGCGCCUAUGCAGUUAUAGACACUAGACAGAGCAUUGCCAUGCUUAGUCUGACAUCGUUAUGCGCCAUCAUCUCUCUCGUAUAUGCCGUUCUAUUGUACGUUUACAGACGAACAGCUGUGGUCAAACGGGCGAGUUUUAUGUUCUGCGAGCUCGUACUGUUUGGAUCCUUAUUUAUCUACUCUACCGUAUACUUUCUCGCCGGUCCUGCUACUACUGCAAAAUGCGAGCUGGUAAUACUAGUGGUUGUCAUUGGUUUUGCUCUGCUGUUUGGUAGUUUAUUCUGCAAAAUUCUCAGAGUCUACAAAAUUUUCAACAACAAGGGCUUUGUAGCUCUUCGCUUGACCGAUUGGUAUCUACUCAAACGACUAGCUGCCAUCUUGGUAAUCGAAGCUAUUGGCCUUAUUGUUCUUGCUCGCGUGGAUGGUGGCCCUCAAGCAGUUAUGUACGAUACUUACACAGAGCCACAGACUGGACAGAGUAUCAUGCAGGCUAAAUGUGUGUAUGGAAACAUCGGUGCUCUUAUUUAUAUUGCUGUAUUCAAUCUUCUUUUGAUUGUUUACGCUGUUGCUCUAUCCAUCGCAACAUGGAAAGUACCCACACAAUACAAUGAAUCCAAGUUUGUCAUUGCUGCAUCAUAUGCCGUAGGAUUCGGUGCUAUUCUACUGGCUCCCUUGAUAUUCUUCGUCACAGAUCCUACGGCUCGCCUCAUGAUCAUAGGAUUGACUAUCGAUUUUGGUGUUGUUAUUAGCGUAUCUAUAUUCUGCCUUCCCAAAAUCUACACUGCCAUUCAACUUUAUCGACAAGAGACUAUUCGUCGACGACCAGGAGACACACUUGAUCGCAUCCGAAGUCGACGAAACUGUACAUGUGGAGAGAAGCAUUCAUGGUGGAAAUUCUGGCGUCAUGACAGUGACUGCUGCUCUUCACAAGGAUCUGGACCAUUCAAAUUGAAGACCAAGCCCUCCGUUUCGCAAUUUACCAAGAGAAAGAGUUUCCUACAAAGCAUAGAAGAAAAGGAACCCGCAACCCACUUGAGCUCGCGACGUACCAUACAGCGAGGCAAUAUUGGACAUGUCCACGAAGAAGACGUGGUUCGAUCUACUACAGUGAAUAGCUUUGUCGUCGACAAUCAUAAAGACAUUGAUGAUCUCAACAGUGCAGAUCUCCAUGAUAGACAAGACAAUGAGCUUGUUCUUCUCAAUCGUCCUGUCAACUCACUCAGCCGACGAUCACUCAACGAGCAAAGGAUUGCCUCUAAUUCGGCCACAAAUCCAUUACAUAGGCGAAAUGUUCCGCCAGCACCUUAUACCACCUUUUCUCCCUUGUUAGAGCAAAAGAUUGCUCAUUGCCCCCACUGCGGAAUUGGCUUUGACGCCCGUAAAAUCUAA